AUGGAGAGUCAGGGAAAGGAGGUGUCGAAGACGGUGGGCAUCGAGCCAGCCGUCGACAGCAAGGGCAUUGUGGUGGUGCUGAAGCGCCGGGCAGGUCAGAGGAAGCCUGCCACUUCCUAUGUGAGGACCACCAUCAACAAAAAUGCCCAGGCCACGCUCAACAGUGUCCGGCACAUCAUCCGCAAGAACAAAUACCGGAAAGAUCUCUGCAUGGCCGCUUUGCGCCAGGCCAGUGCCAUCCUGUGGAGCCAGAAGCCAGUGGUGGUGAAGAAGAAGCGAACCCGCCCACCCAAGAGCACCUAG